AUGAGAAAUGAACGCUCUGGCGAUGCUUCACUUCGGGGCUUAAAGAUAACAGGACAGGAUGGUUCAAAAGGACUUCCGCAGAAAGAAAACAACUAUAAUUCUGAUGCUUGCUUCAAUAAAGCAGAUGGAGGCAACCAUUUGGUUUCAGAGAAUGAUGGUAGAAAUAAAAGCAAACCAUUUGAAUUGUACAAAAGACGCACAACUGUAGUUGUAAGAAGAACAACGUUCUUAGAUGUUGUUUGUGAUGCUCUUGCUGAAUACAAGUAUUUAGGUCCCAAUCAGCGGUCUGAUUUGAUUUUGGCUUGCAGAAUCCGGGAAAGGAAGGAGUCUGUUACUGUGCUUUUGUGCGGUACUAGUGGCUGUGGCAAAUCUACUUUGUCCGCACUGCUGGGGAGCAGGUUGGGGAUCACAACUUUGAUAUCCACCGACUCAAUACGGCAUAUGAUGAGGAGCUUUGUAGAUGAAAAACAAAACCCUCUACUUUGGGCUUCAACUUACCAUGCUGGAGAAUACUUGGAUCCUGUGGCUGUUGCAGAAGCGAAAGCAAAAAGGAAAGCAAAGAAAUUAGCUGGCAUUUCACGCCCUUCACUAACAAAGGAUGAUUUAUUUGAUGGUUCCUCAACUGGAAAAUCACCUCCUGAGGGUGGUCCUAGUACUGCUGAAUUGAUCGGUCCAAAACAGAUGGCGGUUGAAGGAUUCAAGGCACAAAGUGAAAUGGGGAGCAGGUUGGGGAUCACAACUUUGAUAUCCACCGACUCAAUACGGCAUAUGAUGAGGAGCUUUGUAGAUGAAAAACAAAACCCUCUACUUUGGGCUUCAACUUACCAUGCUGGAGAAUACUUGGAUCCUGUGGCUGUUGCAGAAGCGAAAGCAAAAAGGAAAGCAAAGAAAUUAGCUGGCAUUUCACGCCCUUCACUAACAAAGGAUGAUUUAUUUGAUGGUUCCUCAACUGGAAAAUCACCUCCUGAGGGUGGUCCUAGUACUGCUGAAUUGAUUGGUCCAAAACAGAUGGCGGUUGAAGGAUUCAAGGCACAAAGUGAAAUGGUCAUCGACAGUCUUGAUCGGCUGAUUACUGAAUGGGAAGAGCGGACAGAAUCUGUAGUUGUUGAGGGUGUCCACUUAAGCCUAAAUUUUGUGAUGGGGCUUAUGAAGAAACACCCUUCAAUUAUACCAUUCAUGAUAUACAUCACAAAUGAGGAGAAACACAUGGAACGGUUUGCAGUCCGUGCAAAGUACAUGACAUUGGAACCUGCUAAGAACAAGUAUGUAAAAUAUAUUCGAAACAUCAGAACAAUCCAAGAAUAUCUCUGCAAACGAGCCGACAAGCAUCUCGUGCCAAAGAUAAAUAAUACCAAUGUUGAUAAGAGUGUGGCAGCAAUCCAUGCAACACUUUUCAGCUGCCUACGAAGGCGUGUGGGAGAGCAGCUUUACGAUCCCAUCACAAACACAGUUGCUUUAAUUGAUGAGGAGUACAGGAAUCAGUGUGUUGCCAAUUCUUUGAGCUCCAAAGGAAUGUUCCAACUGAUCCAACGUAAAGGUUCUUCUAGGCAUUUGAUGGCUCUUCUUAAUACUGAUGGUUCUGUGGCAAAGGCUUGGCCAGUUGACACGGUAGAUGGUAAUGGCAAGCCUACUCCAGGCCGUUCUACUGAGAAUGGGGUAGGAACACCGAUGUAUGGGCCAUUGCAGAUAGGUAAGGCUGAACCUAUUAAUCUGCAGUUUGGUCACUUCGGGAUCAGUGCUUGGCCCAUUAAUACUGGUGGCACAAGUCAUGCAAGCAGUGUUGACGACUCAAGGGGUGACUUAACUGAUAAUGGUAGUAGAUAUUACUCUUCCUGCUGCAGCUCACCAAGGGCUUCUGAUGGACCUGCCAAGGAGCUCAAAGAGGAACACUCCGUGCAUGGUAGUGAUGAAGAGGUUGAUGAUCCAACGGAGGUAGACAGCGAUGAGGAUCUUAGUGAUGACGGUCAAAAACAGUUACAUGAAGAGAUGGAAGGCUCAGUUGAUGAGGAGUCUACUAAAUCAGAUGAGGAGUAUGAUGAUCUCGCCAUGCAGGAUGUUCAAGAGAAUGGCUACUGGUCUGAUGAUGAUGAGGAGUUCAAGAAGAAACUGGUGCCUCAUUCAGAGAACCGAUUCAUUGAUGGGGUUAAUAGUGUCCAUGGAGAUAAGUACAGGCAAGAUAUUGACCCCAUCUCGAGAUCUAAAAAUAAGUACAGGCAAGAUAUUGACCCCAUCUCGAGAUCUAAAAGUGAACCGGUGUCUGCGCCACCACUACUUUCUUACUCUUCUCUACUUAAGGAAAAGAAUGAGAAGAGAGUGUCAAUUUAUGGCAAUGUCAAAACUAGAAGACGAUCUCAGAGCAUUCCAAUGUUGGGAAAGCAUAGUUUGCAGAUUAAUAAUCCUCCCCUCUCAGAAGCCCACCAGAGGUAG